AUGUCGCUACCUAUGGCUAGACUCGCUUCGAGUCCGGCCUCGCCCAACAAUUCUUCUCUGCGCACUCCUAUGAUACAGAGUGGCGUUGAGAACAAUGUCGUCAUUUCUACUCCGAGCCAGGCCACUGGUCAAAGUCAGGACACGUCGACUUCCAGCCAUCUUCAGGACACUCCCGUGAUUAAGAGGGAGGUUGAGAACAAUGUAGCAGUUUCUACUUCGAAUCCGGCCGCUGAUCAGAAUCAGCAAACUUCGACUUCUAGUCAACUUCAGGCAAGCCUCCAACCAAGCAACUCUGUGGCCAGCCCUCAUCCUGCUUCAGCGUCUUUGGAUGUUCAAGGCCAUGUGGCUAUCCAGGUCGAGCAGGACAUACCGGCCCCUGCCUCUGCGGCUCUUCAGCAAGACAAUGUAUUGUCUGGUAUGGAUCAGCCAAUGGUUGAUCAGCCACUGCUGGCCAUCCCCAAUGCCAUUGGCCACAUUGUAUUUCAGCCACUGCCUGUCAUCCCCAUUGACAUGGGCCCGAUGGUAUUUGAAGCAGGCUGUCCGUGCCUUGAUUGCCAGCAGUGGAUCGCGCAACAGAGGCAGGGAAUCAAUGACCUGACCCGUCACAUCGAAGGCCUCGAAGCCUUGAUAAGACCCGCUGAUCCCCCGGCGAUUCAGCCGACUCCGAAGGCCUUGAUCACCAAGCUUCCUACCGAAAUCCUCAACAUGAUUGUGUCAUAUGUCAUGGGCGAUAUUCACGACUGGCAUUAUUCUCCGCCAAAGGCCCCCCUUUACACCCAGGUGGAAGACCAGCAGCAGGGCCAGUCACACGGUCAUGCAUACGCUCAUGCACAACCCGAGGGAAAGCGUGGUGCCGGCUUUUUGACCGAUGAGAAGCUUCAGGGUCUUUCACAGACGUGCAAGCGUUUUCGGGAUAUUUGCAAUGACUUUGGUGCGCACGAUUACCUGCUAAUUUGGACGGAGUUUGACGAAUUCUUGAGGGAUGAUUUCACGCGGCUCUCCGAGGCCAAUCGUGGUUCUGGGGUCAUUUCACGAGUGAAACAUUUGGUUAUCAGGCCCCCUCCUAAUGGUCGUGCUUAUGUGAGCCGCCCAAACAAGUGGAAGUAUUGGGGAGAAGCUCGCCGCCUCGAUUGUGUUCGUACAGUCAUGGAAGGCAUGAACAAUCUUGUCUCACUUGAGAUUUAUUCCUCGAAGAAAUACGACACGUUGAGAAAUGCCCUCAAGAACCGCACCAUUCCUACCGUUAGGAGCCUCACGCUGGACUCUCUUGCUCCCCUCAUGGGAACCCUGAUUCGCUCCUUCCCCAAUCUGCGUGUCUUGAGGAGCCGUUCCACAGGCGUAUGGGACCGUCCGGACAAUGAAGUUUUCAAAUCGCUUCAGAGCGCGGAGCUUAUCGAGACAGCUUGUUUCCUCGGGACCAGAGACAACAGAAUAUAUCGUCAACAUCGAACUCCUCGGUACGCCGUAGAACGUCUCCCUCAACUCAAUCAUCUGUUUUGGGAGUUCAACGAGCCCCAUACCAGGGCCGAAGAUGCCAACAUGAUCGAAGCCCUCAGGGCUCACAACAAGAUCAGGAAGUUCACCAUGCUCAGACACGCCGCUAGACCUCCUCCUGACUAUUCGCUGGUCUAUGACGAUGAUACGACCGUCGCAAACCUCUACUUCAAUGGCAUCCCUCACCUUGAGGAGAUUGGCAUCUGCAGAGCCAAGGACAUAUACGGCUAUGGCCAUGCGGACAGCGGCAAAGUCUUCGUCAGGAUCAAGAGACAGGUCAAAGCAGUCAAACCAGUCGCCAACGAGGACGGCAACGGAUCGAACAAAGAGGAGGGAGAGAAGAAGACCAAGACCGACAAGACCGACAAGACAGCGGUGAACCCGGCCCCGGAAACCAUCACCCUCGAAAGAAAGAAGGUGUUGCGAAUCUACGACUACACCCAAAGCGACGAGUAUCGCAUCAAGCAGCUCGAGCUGGGUCACAUUCCGCGCACGCCCGACCGCAACCCCAACCCGGGAGUCGCCUGCGAUCCGGAGUACUCGAUGUUUGAGCUCGAGUGGAAGUGGGCGAGAUACCAGACCCUGAAGGAGAUGUACGAGCGCGAGGCGUCGGAGGCUGCCGCGAAAGCUGCGUCUCAGGCUGAGGCUGUUUCUGCUGCGGUUGCGGAAGCUAAGGCUGCGGCUGGCAUUCCCCAGGUACCUGUGGUCGAGGAUGCUCCUGCUGCUACUGCUGGCAUCCCUGCUGUUGCCACUGCUGCUGCUGGCUCAUCUUCAUCGUCUUCGGUGUCCGGAGGUAUUCCGGCCGCCGCUGCUCCUCGUUCCGCUGCUGCUCGUCCUCUUGGCCCUCCUCCCCGUGGCUUUGCUGCUGCCGCUGCCCGUCAUGGCGUAAUCGUACCUGCUUCCGUCUUCGGGGGUGGUGCUGCUGCUGCUGCCAACGUUCUUCCCGACGAGGACACCUCUCAGAGCAUUGACGAUGCCAGCAGCUCGAACUCCUCCACUUCCACUUGA